UAUCUGUGUUAUACUGAUAUUUAUUUGUGAUAUAAAAUGGUUUUAUCAGAAAUGUCUGAAUCUCAAGAGAGAAUUACAUCCCAAUAUAAAAAUCUAUCGAAGAGAUUUAAUAAUCCAGGUUCAGAUUAUUCGAAACAGUACUGCUCAAUUUACAAUAUCAGAUUGGGUAAAAUGAGACAAAUAUUGGCAGAGUGCAUUCAAAUCAAGUGGGGUCCAGAUUAUCCAGUAUGCAAGUUACAUGAACUUUCCACUUCAUCAUACACAAAGUGUGUUAUAAUUGGAACUUUAUUCAAAGACCAGAAGUUGAAGCCAUCAGUAUUAAAACAAUUAGCGGAAGGAAACCAGUUGGUCCCACAACCUGUCCACACCCAUUUUACAGAUGCUUCAGAUGUGUUAUAUAUUGAAGAUGAAUUACAGAGAUAUCAACUGAAUGGUGGUUUGAACUCUUCAGAUAUUGUUACUGGUAUUACUUGUGCCUUGUUAGGUCAAGAUUUGGGGACUGGAAAAUUUUUAGUGGAGGAUUAUUGUUUUGCUGGGUAUAGAUCACAAAUAGAACGUCCUUUGAAAACUGAAGAUAGCUAUAUUGUAUUGAUAAGUGGCUUAGAUUUGAUGCACAUUGAGAAAAGCCUGCUUUCUUUACAACUGUUUAGUAAUUGGGUAUCUGGUGCUCUUGGUAAAAUAAAUAAAUAUGAUCCAGCAAGUAUUGCUCGAGUUAUAAUUGCUGGAAAUUCUAUUAGAUCAGAGACAAUCAAGUCUAAGCCUACUAUCUCCAUGACAUCUAGAACUGAAGAAUCUUCUGAAGCCAUUGAUGCAGUGAAAACUUUAGAUACUUUCCUUGUUCAGCUAUGUCAAGUAUUAGAUGUUGAUAUUAUGCCUGGAGAACAUGACCCAUCCAAUCAUAUUUUACCUCAGAAGAAUAUGCAUCAUUGCAUGUUCCCAAAUGCGGCUGUUUACAAAUCCACGAAUUUAGUUUCGAAUCCAUACGAAUGUGAUAUUGACGGUGUUAGGAUUAUCGGAACUUCCGGACAACCGGUGACAGAUAUCCUCAGGUUUUCAGAUAUCCAAGAACCUAUUGAGGUUUUAGAGAAUUGCUUGAAGUGGAAUCAUAUGGCUCCAACAGCUCCUGACACAUUAGGGUGCUUUCCCUUCUACGACAACGAUCCUUUUAUAUUUGAAGACUGUCCGCAUGUUUUGUUUACAGCCAACACAGAUAAAUUCGAUACGAAAUUGGCUAAAGGCGAUCGUGGACAAGUUGUCAGAUUAAUUUGCGUCCCGGAAUUCUCAAGAUCGUUCACUGCUUGCAUUUUGAAUUUGAAAGAUCUGAAGUGUGAACCAAUAACUUUUAAAACUGUUUAAUAUAUUGUUUGAUUGUUAAAUAUACUUUUUUUUACUAGUUACAUUUAACUCAAAAGGUAUAAAACCCGUGUUUUAGUGAUAUAUUUAGUGAUGCGUCCUUUAAGAAUGAAAUUA